CUGACUGCUUCCCCAGCAGCAUGUGCACGAGCGUCAGGAACUACACUCCCCACAAUGCACCGAGAGCGGCGGAGGCUGUCACCUUAACAUGGCGGAGGAAAGGGAUGAGAACAUCCCGGAGUAUGAGGUUAAAUAUGUGAACACUAGAAAGAUACAUGUUGGCUCUUUCGGUCACCUGUGGAGGCAGAACCUGCACGGCUGUGACUUGAGCCUGGCGGAGGGGCCCUUCCAGGACGUGGAGGAUGCCGAGCUGGCAGCGGAGCUUGGCUGCACUACCGAGACCGCUACAGAGCUGAACUUGCUUUGCAGUUUGGAUGCAUUGAAAAGUAAUGAUAAUGAAGAGGAUGCAAAUCCAGGGGUGAUCCCUGAAGACAGCAGCCUAGUGACUUUAGGAGUUCGGAAGAAGGUGAUGGAACGUCGUAAAAAUCUGAUGUGUGACCGGGCAUACAGGCAGGAAACCUUCCUGUACGAGAUGGAAUCUCGAGGUUUAGGAACAAGGCCAGAGGAUUCGUCCGACAUGGUGGAUGAGGGUGAACUGGUGCUAACUGUGAACUUUUUAUAUCCCAUCAUUUUUCAAAAGCACAAAGAAUACAAACCCCAUGAGACUAUUUUGGUGCUUGGCAGUCAGAAACUGACAGAACUUCGAGAUGUCAUUAAGUGUGUCAGCGAUCUUCAGAUUGGAGGAGAGUUCAGUAAUAAUCCAGACAUGGCUCCUGAAAACAUUUGCAAGGAUCUCUUCAAAUCGGCCUUCUUUUAUUUUGAAGGAGUUUUUUACAAUGAUAUGAGAUAUCCGGAGUGCAGAGAGAUAAGCAGAACUAUAGUUGAGUGGGCUGAGUCUCGUGAUAGAGGCCAUGGGAAAUUUCAGAUGGCCAAGAUGGAAGACUUUACGCUAAACGACCUACAUAUAAAAAUAGGUUUCCCUUACCUGUACUGCCAUCAAGGGGACUGUGAGCAUAUUGUUACCAUUACAGAUAUAAGGUUAAUACACCAUGAAGACUGCCUAGAUAGGACACUCUAUCCACUGCAUAUCAGAAAGCACUGGUUUUGGACAAGAAAGUGCUCAGUGUGUAAAUUGUAUAUUGCCAAAUGGGUGACAAACCAUGACAGUCUUGCACCAGAUGACCCUUGCCUCUUCUGUGAUGUUUGCUUCAAGAUGCUGCAUUAUGACACAGAGGGCAAUAAACUUGGAGACUUUGUUGCAUAUGCUUAUGUUGACCCAGGAACAUUUAAUUAAAUUAUAUGACUGUACAGGAAAAAUUAACAAUUUCUAAGUUUACUACAUAUCAAAGGUUAUAGUUAAAUUCCAAGCAGAGGGAAUGAAUGUCUGAAGACAUACACUGUAACAAGGAAUUAUGUGCAGUCUUCUUCUGGAAGUCUGUUUUCUUCAUAGUACUUGUAAGAACAGAGUGUACAGAUAAUAUAAUCUGCUGUUAUGUAAAUAAAUGUUUCUUUAAAAUAGUGUA